AUGUCAUCUUACAUAUACAGAGAACGCGAGCGAGAUCGCGAGUGGGACGAGCCUCGUUCCUCCACCGUGUCAAUCAAGCGUUACGUCAUCCCUUCAGAGGAGGAUCGAGAGCGCGAAUUUGUCUACCGUCACGAAGACCCUGUCACUGGUGAUCGAGAAUUGGUAGUCCGCCGCUCUACUGAGCGAGAAGAACCCGUCAUGGUGCAACGUUACCAGCGAGAGAUCGACUAUGACUCGCGCCCGUACGACUACCGCUCCGAAAGAGACUACUAUGAUGCGCGAGGUCCCCUCAUUGUUCACCCCCGUGAAUCCGACUAUGAGGUUGUCCAGCGGUCCGAGGUAGAGCGGGAACCGGCUUACUACUAUCAUCGUCGGGUCCGCGAAUAUGACGACGACCGUCGCCUUCGUCGCGAGCUCAGCCCUGGAGACUCCAUCUCUCAGACCAGUCGUCGUCGGGACGACCAAGACUACAGCAGUGAUGAUAGCAUGGUCUAUAUUCGUAAAGAGACUCGCGAAUACGACGACCACCCCCAUCAUCGACGCCAUCUCGCGGAGGGUGCUUUGGUCGGCAUCGGCGCUGCAGAACUGAUCCGCAAUCAUCGAAAGAAGGAAGGUGAAGGUGUGUCUUCGGGCCUCAGCCGUCUGGGCCACGACGUGGGUGCCGGCGCCUUGGGCGCUGUUGCCGUGAGUGCUGCUUCGCGUGCCCGCGAUUACUACCGCAGCAAGAGCCGUCACCGCUCCCACUCAUAUGAUGACGAUCGCAGCUCCCGUCACCAUCACCAUCAUCACCAUAGCCAUAGCCAUAGCCAUAGCCGCCACAGCCGUCGCAGCCGCAGUCGCAGCCGCUCGCACUCUCAUUCCCGUGCCAAGACCUUGACGGAGAUUGGCCUUGGUGCCGCUGCCAUUGCCGGUGCUAUGGCUCUGGCUCGCAAGAAGUCGACUAGCGACAAACGAAGCCGCUCCCGGCACCGCCGGUCCUCCAGUGUCAUUGGACCCGGAAAAGAUGCCGAGAAUGAGAAACGCAGCCAGUCUCGGAUUCGAAAACAUAUGGCAGAAGCUGGCUUGGCUGGUGCCGCAGUGGCCGGUCUGGUAGAGAGAGCUCGCAGCCGGUCGCGCUCUCGAAAAGGAUCCCGAUCCCACAGCCGACUCAGACAGGCGCUCCCUGUGGUUGCGGCCGGGCUGGGAACCGCAGCCGUCACUGGCCUGUACGAAAAGAACAAGGAGAAGAAGGAAGAGGAGGGGAAGCGGAGGGAGCGACGUCGUUCCAGAUCUCGAAGCAGGGCCCCGUCCGAGGCCUACCCAGAUCCCGCCCGCGAUUCGGCUGGUCUGAUCGAGUACGGCGAACAUCCGGUUACCGGAAGUAUCCCUGCAGCCCAUUACUACGGCCGGCCAGCCAGCCAGCAGGGUUACUACUCGGAUGCUUCUGACCGAGUAGCCAGGGACGCAGCAGGAUUCCGUGGUCGCAGUCGGAGCCGCAGUCGCAGCCGAGGCGGUAGGUAUAGCACCAGCUCCUCUGAUACCGACAGAGACGGUCAUCGACGACGAAGAAGCAGCCGUCAUCGCAAGCACCGAAGCCGUUCUCGUGACUUGGCCGAAGCUGCUUUGGCAGCCACUGGAGUCGGCUAUGCCGCUCACAAAUACAAGCAGAGCAGGGAUCGCAAGAAGGAAGAGAAAGAACGGUCGAAGUACGACGAUGACUCGUACCCUUCAUCGUACCCUUCAGACCUUCCAUACCCACCGUCGCCCCUACCGCCGACACACCCUGUCGAGAAUCAGCACUAUCCCAACUCCAACUACUUCCCUCCACCUCCCGGCUCUACACCGGCCCCCGCCGCUCCCCCCGCCCCAUAUAAUCCGGCCGAUUACCCCCCUCCACCAGGUGCCGUCCCUCCAGCUCAAUCUUACGGCUAUCCCCCCGAGCCAGGACCGGACCGCUACGCACCCCGGCCCCGGAGGGCGGAUGAGAAUGUGAGUGCUGCAUGGAACUCUCCCCCUUCUACUGCCCAGUAUCCCAUGCAUGAUGGUGUAGAUACACCUCCGUCACCGUUGAGAACGCCGCGUCCACAUACCCCCAGAGAUCGCGCACGCGCAGCCAGUCAACCCCCUCAUCCCAAGUCUGUUGCCUUUGACCUCGAUGCGGAGGAGCGCCCCAUCGACCCUGGUUAUGAAACGGACGAUAGCGACUCAACCAUCGACUCUUUGACUGCUCAUCAUCAUCGCGAUCGUCAUCGUUCCUCCACUACCUCCUUUGCCCAUCGGCGCCGCCAUUCUUCCUCCGAUCCCUACUUUCCUCCCCGAAAAUCCAAAUUUCCACCCAGCUCGGCCCCAGCCAAGGGCGAUCGUCCCCGUCCCUUCAAAGACAAUGGUACUUCCAAUCCGCAGGAGACGGAUUCCGACUCCACCAUCGACCUGCCUGACCGGUUCGAUUCACAGGGCCGACUGCUUCCAGAGCGGGACGAUGACCCGCUGGUAGAUCGGUUCGAGCAAUUGCUUCGUGGAAUCAAUAGGGUGUUUGUCUAG